AUGUAUUCUCACGGCUUUUGGGAUGCCGAAUUGGCUCCACUUCGUAAGGCAUACUUGAUCGGAAUCGCACGAGUAACAAUUGCAAUUUGUAUAUUGAUUUGGGCAAUCGUAACCAUUUAUUGGGGCUCCCUAUGGAAAUCCAGCGAUAAAACCCCAAACAUUCACGCAUACAUUCUCAAUAGAGAUCCAAACGGAGCUAUCGGACAAAAUAUCACAAACGUACUACUAUCUACCAAUUCAAAUCCUCCUCCUCAUCUAUCAUGGCAUUCAAUCGAUCCUAAUCUAUAUCCCACCAAGGCAGAUGUUGAGAAAGCGGUUGCCGUCGAUCAUGUUGGAUGGAUCUUCGUUGACAUUUUGACAGACGCUACCUCCGCUCUCGAUCAAGCACGUACAUCAGCAAACGCUAGCUGGAACCCAACAGAGGUUGUUCAAAUUUAUUACUCGGAAGCAAGAAAUCAACAAGCCGUUGAUGGUCCCAUUCUAGGAUCGGUCAGAGGUGUCCUAACCCCUUCCCUUGCACAAAUCAAUGCUCAAAGUGCAGCAAGAUGGCUCUCUGCAAAUUCAGGCAAUUCGAACGUAUUGAGCGCAAUUGCAUCAGAUGCUCCGCAAACCUUGGCGGGUGGAAUUGCACCCUCCUACAUCAAUUUAAGACCCUGGAAUGAACCCGUGAGUAUUGCACCAACAUUUGUCGGUCUCAUUUAUGCAAUGAUCUUGGCUUUCAACAUCACAAUGGGAAACUUUGGUAUGCGUCAAGGUAUACAACGCAAACUGCGUUUCCGAUCUUUCGUUCUGAUGCGUUUGCUCGUCCCUAUUCCGGCUUAUUUUGUUUUGAGCUGUAUGUUUUCGAUGAUCAAUCUGCCAUUCAAGCUUAGUUUUGGAGGUAUGGGAUACGGAUACGGAGCAGGAUUUAUGAUCUGGUGGUGCUUUACCUUUUUGGGUAUGUGCGUUUUGGGUUUAUGGACGGAAGCAGCUCUAUCCCUCGUCGGUCCACAGUUCAUUGGUUUUGCAUUGGUUUUCAUCAUCAUCAUCAAUGUGAGCGUAGCAAAUUUACCAAUCGAAUUGCAAGUGAGCCUUUUCAAAUACGGCUAUGCAAUGCCAUUCUAUAAUCUUCGUCAAGCAUACGUCACAAUCAUUUAUAAUACUGGUCGUCAUAUCGAAUUAUUGAAAAACAUGGGUAUCCUUUUGGCGUGGUUGGUGGUCCUUUUUGCAACAAUUCCAUUCUGGGCUUGGUUAGAACGCAGGAAGGAACGUUCACAAGCAAGUGCAUCAGCAGCAAGCACCCAAUCAUCAGAAGCAUCACAAGAAGUAGAACAGAAGAACGAUGAAGAAACAAGACAGUCUUCACAGUAA